AUGGCAAAUAACGAAGUUAUUCUACAAGAACUGAGAGCCUUUCGACUAGAAAUCAAAGAACAACUUGAGGGCAUCAAGGAAGAGCUGACUAGAGCGAAUAACAGGCUGGAAGAAGCUGAGGAGCGGAUUGAGAAAGCAGAGGAGAGAAUUCUCAACGUGGAGGAAGCUAUGACCGAGCUAGUGCAGCUAAACAUAAAGCUGGAGGAGAAGAUGGUGGAUAUGGAGAGCCGGUCAAGGAGAGAAAACGUCAGGAUUUAUGGUGUUCCAGAAUCGUCAGAGAAAGACUCUCCAUCAAUGAUUGCUUUUGUUGAGACACUACUGCGUGAAGGCUUGGAAUUGGACGGCGUGGACAUUAGCAUUGAACGAGCCCACCGCUCGCUAGGCCCCGCUUCUCCCCAAGACGCUCCGCCACGCUCUAUCGUGGUUAAGUUUCUAAGCUUUAAGAUCAAAGAACAAAUACUCCGCAAAUCAUGGCAGAAGAAAGGAUUUACUUGGAAUGGUAAACACAUAUCACUGGACAACGAUUACCCCCCUCUCAUCCUUAAGAAACGAAAGGAAUACGCAGAAGUACGCAAGAUUUUGAAGGCAAAGCAGAUACCAUUUCAAACCCUCUACCCAGCGCGACUAAAGGUGAAGUUCACGGAUGGAGAAAUAACCUACGCCUCUUCAUCAGAAGCGACUGAGGAUAUGUCCCGGAGAGGCUACGCUGUCAAGAUCAUCAAACCUCCCGAAACAAUCCUGGAGCAACUGAAGCAGUUGACCUGGACCAGAGUGACCAGAGGAGGAGGUAGCAGUGCAGCGCAACCGGGACAAGAACCAGGCUAUAAGAAAAAGCUCCGUACCUUCAGGAGAACGGUAGCCACCACUUCAGUAAGUAAGUAA